CAACAACAUGCGAGUGCACGCUUGCCGACUGUCCCAGUCGGUCGCCUCGUCUUCAUCAGUGGCAGCGCUUCUACCUCGAAAAGUAUCACCCAGCGUCUUCUCAAAAGCAUAUGCCACCGACGCUGCACAAGGACAAGCAGAUUCCACGGCUGAGCGUUUGGCAGUGCAUGCAGGCGCGACGAGUGGAAAGAAGCAGCUGCUGUCAUCCUGCCGGGAAGGCACGCCUCUCACUGGCCUCUCUAUCGAAAAGGACCGGCCAGACCCGCUUGCCAAGGCUGACGAGGCUUAUCCUGCGUGGCUCUGGAGCAUCGUCGGUGAUUCAGAUCUCGUCUCUGGCUCGCCCUCAUCCUCAGGUGGGGCAGCAGGCGCAUCGACGAUGACAAAGGGCGAGGCGAGGGCGGCACAGAAGAGGAGCGUCAAAGCCGCCCGUGCUCAGCAGCGGAGAGGUGGUGUCGACGGUUCGGCGGACUCGGUUGCUGCGGGUAACAGUGCAAAGGCAGUGGGACAACGGGAUGCUGCAGAGCAGAGGUUUGCGUCGGCAGAGGCCUCGAUCAGGGCCGCAGAAGCAGCCGAGGCAGCCAGAGCCGAGGCCAGGCGUUCGCUCCGGCGCGCGAAUCGCGAGGCUAUCAAGGCGAGGAAUUUCGUCGGCUCAUCGUAGCUGUCACCGUUGUUUUACCACUCGAAUGCAGACCUAUGCAAUCCACUGAAUUUAAGUGAUUGCGGAGUGGCAAAGAAGGAAAGGCUUGGGAAAGAAGGAGAACAAGGAGGAGGAAAGGAGCGAAGAGGAUGUGAUUGAUCGAUCGAGGAGGGCCAAAGAAGACGAGGAAGGGCAAGGGCGCAACUGAGCUAGAAGAGCAGGUGGGCAAUCUCGACAUUGAGCCAUUGCCAAGCGGUGCGUCACCGACUCCUUCACAUUGUCUGCUCAUCCAGCGCCCCUCAACGAGGGCCAAGAGGGAUUGGGGUAGUGGGGUAGGUACUAGAUGUGGGAGAGGGGAGGGAGGAAGAGUGAGAUAGAGAGAGAAAGAGAGAUUGGCAAGAAAGACAUUGGG